AUGUCCGAAUCUCCAUUUCACUACCAGGUUCAAGCUGGUCUCCGCGACUACCUUAAAGCUUCUCUUGGAAAGUUGUAUACCAAUACCAAGGACCCUACAAUCCGUAACCUGAUACGGUUGGUCGCGGAACAAGGCACAGCUCAAAUCUGGGUCGAUGGUAAACUUCUCAAGCAAGCCGAUGUCUCUUUUGGUCCAGUCGGUUCUCUACCUGCUCUGGCUUGCGAGCACGACCUCUACUAUCAUGAUCUCGAUCAACAACCCGGUGGUCAAGUCGAUCUCUAUCUCUCUGACUUUCUUGGUUCUGCUGGUUUACCACCGGCCUAUUGUCGCCCCUCGACCGCCGAGUUAGCUGCCGGGAUUACGAGAAACCCUACAAUCACUCUGACCUACGAGCGGCUGCGGGCCAUCUUUCGGAAAGCACGGCACUUACACAACCCGACAGAAUUCACCAUCGAGGUCGGUGAUGAGGAGGAGAGCCCGUAUGAGGAAGCAGAGCGGCGAGUUGCCGAAGCGCGAGCCGAGUCAGAGCGGCGAGUUGCCGAAGCGCGAGCCGAGUCAGAGCGGCGAGUUGCCGAAGCGCGAGCCGAGUCGGAGCGGCAGUUGGCCGUGCUGAAGCGGCGGGUGGCUGAGUUGGAGCAGCAGAUGGCUGAAGGCCGCCGGGGGGCCGAGUAA